AUGGGCGCGCUCUUGGAUGGCCAGGUAGCUGGAGCCUUUAAUCCGGGACUCCAAUACCAACUCUUUAGCUUUGUGGAAAAUGACCCUGCUUGUGCCAAGGCCACUUAUCGAUGGUCUGGGCUCUUCGGGAGCGGCCGUGCGAUGAUGGCUGAGAACCUCGCUGGGGCCGAGGCGCUUGAGCGCUCGCAGAGCAACCGCGCCGCGCUCUCUGCUACCGUCAACAAUGCUGUUACUGCCAGCAUCGCCAACCAGCCGGCCAACACGGCUCGGUCCUACGCUAAGGCGCAGAGGCUCUGGCGAGAGUUCUGCGCCGAUCGCCAGUUCGAUGAUGGUGUCCUUAUCUCAGAGGAGAAGCUGGUGCUGUGGCUGCAGGAGGUCGUGCUGUAG